ACAGGACUGAUACAUACGGAAGAUGGGAAAUACUUGAUCGAACCGGUGGAGGAGGAGAUGCGCACCUCUGGUCGUGAGCGCCGUCACGUAAUCUACAAAAAGACGGACGCGAAACGGAAACGGAAGAAGAAACGGAAGAAGCAUUCGAGGAACUGCGGAACGCGGGAACCGAAACGGAUGGCCGAGAUCGAGUGGCAGAAGCAUAACGGGAAGGUCCGGGUGCAGGAGAAGAGGCACAAGCAUCGGGAGCGCAUCAGUAUUCCGACCAUAGCCAACGACAACCUGAAGAAGCACAAGUACAAGAAGUACAAGCGAUCGGUGAGCAAGCCCCAAUUCGUGGAAACGCUCCUCGUCGCCGACACUUCGAUGGUCGAGUUCCACGAGGAUGGAGACGUCGAGACCUACUUGCUGACCAUCAUGAAUAUGGUCUCCUCGUUGUAUUUGGAUCCGAGCAUCGGGAAUCUAAUAAAAGUGGUCGUCGUGAAGAUUAUCUUAAUCGAUGAUCCUCUCUCUGAACCGGAACUGAACGUCACGGUGAAUGCGGACAGCACGUUGAGGAAUUUCUGCAAGUGGCAGAAGUCUCUGAAUCCGCAGAACGACACCCAUCCUCAUCACCACGAUGUCGCGAUCCUCGUGACCAGGAAGGACAUCUGCGCCAGGAAGGAUACGCCUUGCAACACCUUGGGUGUAGCGCACGUAGGUGGCAUGUGCAAAUCGGAGAGGAGCUGCAGCGUGAACGAGGAUAACGGCAUCACCUUAGCCCAUACGAUCGCCCACGAAAUGGGACACAAUUUCGGGAUGUACCAUGACACGGAUAAAAUCGGAUGCAAAGGGAAGGAAGGGAAUCGGUUGCACAUCAUGACCCCCAGCUUCGAGGCAGACACCGUCCAAGUGAGCUGGUCCAGAUGCAGCAGACGCGAUAUAACAAACUUCCUCGAUAAAGGAAUGGGAAGAUGUCUGCAGGAUGCGCCUUCGGAAGGUUCUGAGAAUUACGAGUAUCCUGAGUUGCCGGCCGGUGCCAUGUACAAUGCGGAAUACCAGUGCAGAUUUCAGUUCGGUGAAGACGCCCAGAUGUGCACGCCGCUGGAUGAAAUCUGCUCAAGACUUUGGUGCCAAGUGAAUGGAACGUGCACGACGCAGCUACGACCAGCCGCCGCCGGAACUCAUUGCGGGAAGCACAAGUGGUGCCAGGAGCACAAAUGCGUGCCCAUAAUGGAGCCACCCGUGGCGAUAGACGGUGGUUGGGGUGAGUGGAGCUCUUGGAGCGACUGCUCGAGGACCUGCGGUGCAGGAGUGUCCAUCAUGCAGAGAGACUGCGACCACCCAAAACCCUCUGCGGGUGGCAAGUUCUGUGUGGGCGAGCGCCGCCGUUACCGGAUCUGCAACACGGAGGCCUGUCCGGAUGACCGACCCUCCUUCAGGGCCAAACAGUGCAGCGCCUUCAAUGAUCACCUGUACGAGGGAAAGAAGUACAUCUGGGUACCGUACUUCGAUCAAGACGAACCUUGCGAGCUCUACUGCAGCGACGUUAAUGACACCGUGAUUGUCCCUUGGGGCGAGCACGCGCUUGAUGGAACGCCUUGCAACGUUGGCUCCAGAGACGUCUGCAUCUCGGGCAUAUGCAAAAAAGUUGGCUGCGACUGGAUGGUGGAUUCAACAGCUGUUGAAGACGCCUGCGGAAUAUGUCAGGGGGACGGCAGUACAUGCGACACGAUUAAGGGUGUUUACAGUAAACAAAGUUCGGGCGCCGGCUACAGGGAGAUGAUUGUUAUUCCAGCUGGAUCGAGGAACAUCCGCGUCGAGGAGACGGAUUACUCGGAGAAUUACAUUAGCAUCGGAAGCGCAUCGUCCAGGAAAUUCUACCUGAACGGUAAACGGCACAUCACUUUACCCGGAGAAUACACGGUGGCUGGUGCCCAAACCCUGUACGAACGAGACAACGAGCUGGAGAAGAUCCGAAUCCCGGGACCCAUCCAGGAACCCAUCCUCCUCUACAUGAUAUUCCGAGGGAAAACUUUCAAUCCGGGCGUUCAGUACCAGUUCACGAUGUCGAAACGGGAACCGCCUAAGCAAGUCAAGUAUUCUUGGAUCUUGGGUGAUUGGUCCCAAUGCUCGGUGACUUGCGGCGGAGGCGUCCAAGGACGAAAAGCCCUUUGCCAGGAAUCGUUGAUGUCCAUUAACUCGACGAUGGUUGAUGGUACUUCGGUCAUUGUGGAUGAGGAGAGCUGCGAACCUUCGGAGCAACCGGACAUGAUGAUGAGGACUUGCAACGAUGAUCCGUGUCCUUCGCACUGGUGGAUAGGUCCUUGGCAAUCGUGCCCGGUCACGUGCACCAAAAAGGGCGAGAAACCUUUGAGGCGUCGCAGCGUGAUGUGCGUGGACGGCCUUGAGAUGGCCCUCCCGGACCACUACUGCUCCACCCACACGAAACCUACCGAAAGGGAAGUCUGCAGAGCUUUACCUCCCUGCUCCGAAGACAGAUAACACCACUUAACCCUCUGCAUUGUAUAUAAGUUUCAAACAAAAAAAAAAUAUCUUUAUUUUAUUUUCUCUAACACAACUAACUUUAAGAUAAUCGAUCUCUAAUCCUUCCGCUCCCUUCUUUUCCUCUCUAUAAAUCUCUUGUACAUAGAAUAUUU